AUGCAGCCGACUCUCCGGGAGCUGUUCAAUUCGCACGCCACUGAGCCACCUGGCCAAGCCUCGAUGACCAGCCAGACGAACAGCCGCCUGCCUUCAAUGUAUCGGCCACAGCAGCAACAUCACCCGUUCGAGACGCACCCGUCACCACAAGCAAACAGUGGAGCCUCUGAUGUUUUGCGGCUGCCGCAGAUCAACAUGCUCAAGGAGCCACCGGCACCGCUGUCUACGGCCGUGCGGACGCCCGUGGCCUUUUCCGGUUUCCGCCACGAGAACAGAGAGCGGCGGCUAGCCGGUGGUAGCGACGAGUCGUCGGGUGCCGGCCGAAGCACUGGCCGUGGAAGAGGUGCUGCAAGUGAACGGCGAGCCGGCUCCAAUUCAUCGCAAACGGCCACAACAAGCAGCAGCUCGUCGUCCCGGUCGUCUGGCCACACGCCCGAGUCCAUUGCCGCCCACACGGCCGCAGCCCAGCGAUCGGUGGCCAACUCUGGCCAACCCAAGUUUGUGCACUCGCCCACAAGAAGCGGCGGGCGGCUCCGGUCGUCGCUUUCGUCGGCACAGAGCAGCAGCCGGAUGCAGUUCAAGAAGACGGCCGCCCAUCGCAAGACGGCUUCGUCUGUCGCUGCAGCCAAGGCAGCCGCGGCCAAGGCCGAGAUGCUGUCCAAUGUGUCGUACACCAUCGACAAGGCCGACGGCACAUCCAUGACGUUUUCGCGCCGCAACGUCUUUGAGACUUUUGACAUCUCACCGGCUGCGCUGCAGGCCAACGCGACCGCCAUGGUAGCGUCUUCUUCGUCGUCUUCACGGCCUAGGCUGGUCGGGAACCACGCCGUCUUCCGCGCUUCACCACCACAGCCAUCGGCUGCGUUUUCGCGCGCCCAAACGGCCAUGGGAUACGGCGGUGCUACAAUGCAGUCGCCUCCUACGUCCCGUGCUGUCCAGGCUCUUCCGCCCCUCUCUGCCGUUCAGCCGAGACUACGGUCGGUGGUGCCGCUGCCGUCAGCGUCUCAAUUACAGGCACAGCAGCCGCCGUCGGACGACGAGUCGUUGGUGCUGCCACCCAUCACCAACCACGGGUCCAUCCUGGCGGACACUCCGCGCUUUCUGACGCUACAGCCGUCCAACCAGGUUGGUCCGGUCCAGUCGCUGGGCCGCUCGUCACAGGUGGCGCGGCCGGUCAAUGUCGUGUUUCCGCUCGUGGUGCCCUCGCGGAGCCCAGAACCUGGCUCUGGCUCUGGCUCUGGCUGGGCUCAGUCGUCCCAACGGCUUAAUCAUCACGACGUGUACCAGUCUGAGGCCGCGCUCGAGAUCGUUCCGCUGGAUCGCCGCGGGUCGGUCAACCUGAUGACGGUACCGGCUGGCAUCAGGGCGCUCGAGCAGGACGGCGGAGAGGCCAAGCGGUUUCUGCUGCCGGACCACGAGCCACGCCUCAAGCCGCAUCCGGGCCGGUCGUCGUACGGCUUCCAAAUGGAGACGUUUCAGCGGACAUCACGGAAGCAGUACCAGCAGCAGCGACAUCGCAUGCAUCAGCAGCGGUACCGCCAGCGGCAGCAGCUGCAGCAGCAGCAGAAGCGUCUACAACAGGUGCAGCGGCACCAGGAGGAGCAGAAGCGUUUGCGCGAGGAACAAGAGCAGCCGGAGGAGCAGGAGCAAUACGAGUUGGCGGCACCGGUGACACAGCCACAAGGCUCUCAGCCACAUCAGCCUCAGUCGCGGCUGCAAUACUCUGAAGGCGUCUUUGUGCGCUCGGCCCUGCCACCGCAGGUCCUCGGCGGCGAGGUUGCGCUCGAUGACAUGCCUCAGGUGCACAUCGUGCGUGUAGGCACGGUCCAUCCGCCUUUUGAGCCGUUGCAGCCGCCGGUGCGUGGAAACAUCCCCGGCUUCCUGCUGCUGCCGUCCAAGAAAGACGGCACCGGCUGGCUGCAGAAGAGCGCGACGGCCAGCUAUAAAUGCUCCACGGCGGCCGAAGACGGCCAUCAGGAGAGACAGGAGCGCACAUACGUUCUCGUCAGUGCAGCAGAAGCCCUCCGGCUCAACGAGGAGCUGGCUGCGGCUGUUGGCAGCAGCAGCAGCAGCAACAGCUCGCUCAUCGAGACACUCCGCAGCAUCGUUCCUCACAGCGGUGUCACGGGCAGCGGAGACGAGGCGCUCACGCGGAUGGCCCUGCAGGCUAUGCAGAAGAUGGCGGGUGCGUCGCUGUCGCCGUCGGCCUCGACCCUGCCAAACGAGUACGACGAGGAGAUCACUGGUCGGUCCAUCACCCUGGCCAUCUGCAUCCUCGUCCAGCAGCAGCAGCCGGGUGCACAACACGCACUGGACCUGCGUGAGAUCCACUGCACCAUCAGCAGCGACGGUGCAGCUCCCCCGUCUAUUUCGUCCUUCUUGUCGUCUGCCUCACCUUCCUCUUCACCAACGUCCGCCUUCGCCAGCACGACAUCCCCUCUUUUUCCGCACGGCCUCGCCAGCCGUGUCAUGAUCCCCAACGUCGUGGGUCGCCGGCUGUCAGCCUCUGUGGCCGGCACCUCGCCCUCGACGGUCCUCUCGGGCCAGCUGGAGCCGGGCGAGAAGCUCGAGAUCCCACGGCUUACCAUCAUCCUCAGCGACCACUGGUCCAGCUGGACGGUGUCCUGCUCGGUCGUGUCGGCGACCAAGGUUCAGAAUUGCCUAGCCGCACCCGAGGUCCGCGACCACCUGCAGCCGGACCACUACGACGGCCGGAUCUUGCCGACGGCCAGCCUCAGGAUCGUUCAGCGCGGCAUCUGUCGCCAUCGCCACGUCGCGGCCACCACGUCAAUCCACCACCGGAUCGUCAUGACGCGCGUGUCUCGCGGCAUGCAGGACAAUCAGGUUGUUGAGGAGCGGGUCUUCUUCCUGGCCGGUGCGGUGGACGGAGACGGAGACGGCAGGACGCCGGGCAAGGAUGCAGACGGCAGCCUGUGCGUGCUCGCCGUCUUCUCCACGGCCUACUUUCUACAGGUCGGCCGGCGCAACGAAUAG